AGAGAUGAGAGGGAGGAGAGAGAUAGGAGGGGAGAGGGUGGCAGGAAGGAAGGCAGAGAACGGAGGGGCAGGGAGGAGGAGCGUGAAAGGAGAAGUGAUCAAGGAGACGCAAGGGAGGGGCGAGACAGAAGAUAGUAGGUGGCAAAAGUCGUGUAUGCAGCACAGGAAGGCACCGUCAAUGCACAACUCGCCCGACUCCAGCUACAACCUGAAGAAUCUGCCAUUUGGCUGACCCUCAAGCUUGGAAGCUCAGUUUCCCACUUCCACUGCGUAGGUAGAUAUGAUGUGUAUGUAUGUAGUACAUUUAUUACACGCGUAUGUAUGGGUUCUGCUGUACUUGACCACAUGAACAUGGUGUCAGAAACUCAGCCACUAACCAUAUUUA